GGGUGAAGAAGAGGCGUGCCCGGGAUUCAUGAGGUGUACUAGUGCCUGAGGUCCCUUAAUCUGCUACUGAAGGAAGAAGACCCACGUGCGCACGUACAGCUGCAGUCCCAGGACCAAUACUCACUCACCUUUGUCCCCGGAAUUAAAGGGUGAAGAAACCGAAACCUGGAUGUGCUGGGCCAUUUCCAGUAGCUCGCCUGACGACCGCAUCCGUAUCAGACAUGAUUUCAGAUAUAAGUUUAUAAACAAAUGAGAGACAUUACCUGUGUACUUCAAGCAACAUUAAAGGCUGAAAUGGAAUUUGAGUAAAACGAUUGCUGUAUCAACUCAGGAAUACAAUAGCCUCAUUGUAUUUUAAACUGCAGCAGCAACUUUGAUAUCCACAAUGAAGCAAUGAUAUCUGAGAACAAAGGAAUAUUUGCCAACUAACUGUCAUCAGUUUCAAGUGAUUGUGUAAGCAGAAACAAACUGCAGCAGACCCGUGUCAGCUAGUAUAGGGAGAAUGCUUUCUUCUGAUACUAUUUAUUUAGAAGCCUUUUUAAUAUAGAUAAUUGUAUAUCAAAUGAAAUAAAAAUGAGUGAAGCCCCCAGAUUCUUUGUUGGGCCUGAAGAUACAGAAAUAAACCCUGGAAAUUAUCGACAUUUCUUCCACCAUGCAGAUGAAGAUGAUGAUGAGGAAGAUGAUUCUCCACCAGAAAGGCAGAUUGUAGUUGGAAUAUGUUCCAUGGCAAAGAAAUCCAAAUCCAAACCAAUGAAGGAAAUUCUGGAGCGGAUCUCCCUAUUUAAAUAUAUCACAGUAGUAGUAUUUGAAGAGGAAGUUAUUUUGAAUGAACCAGUGGAAAACUGGCCUUUAUGUGAUUGUCUUAUUUCUUUCCAUUCUAAAGGAUUUCCACUGGACAAAGCAGUUGCCUAUGCAAAACUCAGGAAUCCAUUUGUAAUCAAUGACUUGAAUAUGCAGUAUCUCAUACAAGAUAGGAGAGAAGUAUAUAGUAUUCUUCAAGCAGAAGGUAUUUUACUUCCUCGUUAUGCAAUUUUGAACCGUGAUCCAAAUAAUCCCAAAGAAUGCAAUCUGAUUGAAGGGGAAGAUCAUGUAGAAGUAAAUGGGGAAGUUUUCCAAAAGCCAUUUGUAGAAAAACCAGUCAGUGCAGAAGAUCACAAUGUUUACAUUUAUUAUCCAACAUCUGCUGGAGGUGGAAGUCAAAGACUCUUUAGAAAGAUUGGCAGUAGAAGUAGUGUAUAUUCCCCUGAAAGCAAUGUAAGAAAAACAGGUUCAUAUAUAUAUGAAGAGUUUAUGCCCACAGAUGGUACAGAUGUUAAGGUUUACACAGUGGGUCCAGAUUAUGCUCAUGCUGAAGCUCGAAAAUCUCCAGCACUUGAUGGCAAGGUGGAAAGAGAUAGUGAAGGAAAAGAAGUAAGAUACCCUGUUAUUCUCAAUGCACGAGAGAAAUUAAUUGCUUGGAAAGUCUGCCUUGCUUUUAAGCAAACAGUUUGUGGCUUUGAUUUGUUACGAGCCAAUGGACAGUCCUAUGUGUGUGAUGUCAAUGGCUUCAGUUUUGUGAAAAAUUCCAUGAAGUAUUAUGAUGAUUGUGCAAAAAUACUUGGAAAUAUUGUAAUGCGAGAGCUUGCUCCACAAUUUCAUAUCCCCUGGUCAAUACCCUUGGAAGCUGAAGAUAUUCCAAUUGUACCAACUACAUCUGGAACUAUGAUGGAACUUAGAUGUGUCAUAGCAGUCAUACGCCAUGGGGAUCGAACCCCAAAACAAAAAAUGAAAAUGGAAGUGAGGCAUCAAAAAUUUUUUGAUCUUUUUGAAAAGUGUGAUGGAUAUAAAUCGGGGAAGUUAAAACUCAAAAAGCCAAAACAGUUACAGGAAGUGCUGGAUAUUGCACGACAGCUUCUUAUGGAACUAGGACAAAAUAAUGAUUCUGAAAUUGAGGAAAACAAACCAAAGCUUGAACAACUUAAGACUGUAUUGGAGAUGUAUGGUCAUUUUUCUGGAAUCAACCGUAAGGUCCAGUUAACCUAUCUCCCUCAUGGUUGUCCUAAAACAUCUAGUGAAGAGGAAGACAGCCGAAGAGAAGAGCCAUCCUUACUUUUGGUUUUAAAAUGGGGAGGAGAAUUAACCCCUGCAGGUAGAGUCCAGGCUGAAGAACUUGGAAGAGCUUUCAGGUGUAUGUAUCCCGGAGGUCAAGGAGAUUAUGCAGGGUUUCCUGGUUGUGGUUUGCUUCGAUUGCAUAGUACCUACCGUCAUGACCUCAAAAUAUAUGCCUCUGAUGAAGGACGAGUUCAGAUGACUGCAGCAGCUUUCGCAAAGGGUCUGUUGGCUUUAGAAGGAGAGCUUACACCCAUUCUAGUUCAGAUGGUGAAAAGUGCAAAUAUGAAUGGUCUUUUGGAUAGUGAUAGUGAUUCUUUAAGCAGUUGUCAACAACGUGUGAAAGCAAGACUUCAUGAAAUACUUCAGAAAGACAGAGAUUUUACUGCUGAAGAUUAUGAAAAGCUUACUCCAUCUGGAAGCAUUUCUCUUAUCAAAUCAAUGCAUUUAAUUAAAAAUCCUGUGAAGACCUGUGAUAAAGUUUACUCUUUGAUUCAAAGUUUGACUUCUCAAAUCAGACAUCGAAUGGAAGACCCCAAAUCAGCAGAUAUUCAGCUUUAUCAUAGUGAAACAUUGGAGCUUAUGUUACGUCGAUGGUCCAAGUUGGAGAAAGACUUUAAAACAAAGAAUGGAAGAUAUGAUAUUAGUAAGAUCCCUGACAUAUAUGACUGUAUAAAAUAUGAUGUCCAGCAUAAUGGUUCCUUGAAAUUAGAAAAUACAAUGGAAUUAUAUAGGCUUUCAAAGGCAUUAGCAGAUAUUGUUAUCCCUCAGGAAUAUGGUAUAACUAAAGCUGAAAAACUGGAGAUUGCCAAAGGUUACUGUACUCCUUUAGUUAGAAAAAUUCGCUCGGACCUUCAGAGGACACAAGAUGAUGACACUGUAAAUAAACUCCAUCCUGUGUAUUCCAGAGGUGUUCUUUCUCCUGAACGUCAUGUCCGUACCAGGUUAUAUUUUACCAGUGAAAGCCAUGUACAUUCUUUAUUAUCUAUUCUUCGCUAUGGUGCCUUAUGCAACGAAUCAAAGGAUGAACAGUGGAAAAGAGCUAUGGAUUAUUUAAAUGUUGUCAAUGAACUCAACUACAUGACUCAGAUUGUUAUCAUGCUUUAUGAGGAUCCUAACAAGGAUCUUUCCUCAGAGGAACGCUUUCAUGUUGAAUUACACUUCAGUCCAGGAGCCAAAGGCUGUGAAGAAGAUAAAAAUUUACCUUCUGGUUAUGGAUAUAGACCAGCUUCCAGAGAGAAUGAAGGCAGAAAAUCUUUUAAAAUUGAUAAUGAUGACGAACCACAUACUUCUAAAAGAGAUGAGAUUGAUCGAGCUGUGAUACUGUUUAAACCAAUGGUAUCAGAGCCAAUUCACAUACACAGGAAGUCUCCACUCCCUCGAUCUAGGAAGAUGGCUACAAAUGAAGAAGAGAGCCCCCUGAGUGUGUCUAGCCCAGAGGGUACUGGUACCUGGCUGCAUUAUACCAGUGGUGUGGGUACUGGGCGUCGAAGACGCAGAUCAGGGGAACAAAUCACUUCUUCCCCUGUCUCCCCCAAAUCAUUGGCUUUCACAUCCAGUAUUUUUGGCUCAUGGCAACAGGUUGUAUCUGAAAAUGCUAAUUACCUUCGAACACCAAGAGCUCUUGUGGAACAGAAACAGAACCCUACUGUAGGGUCUCACUGUGCGGGCCUGUUUAGCACCUCGGUGCUCGGGGGUUCUUCAAGCGCACCUAACCUACAGGAUUAUGCUCGUACUCAUCGUAAAAAGCUGACCUCUUCUGGCUGCAUAGAUGACGCCACACGCGGUUCUGCUGUUAAAAGGUUUUCUAUCUCAUUUGCUCGACACCCAACCAAUGAACACCUACACCUCUAUAGGUGCUGGUCCAUUUCCUCUGUGGAAUUUCUAGGCUCCAGUGGCUUUGAAUUGUAUUCCAUGGUGCCAUCUAUUUGUCCUCUAGAAACUCUUCACAAUGCCCUCUCUUUAAAGCAGGUGGAUGAAUUUCUUGCAUCUAUUGCAUCUCCAUCAAAUGAAAUUCCACGGAAGACCCCUGAAGUCUUUUCUGCCUCACGAACCAGUCCAGUAAUGCGAAGAAAAGUAUCUUUAAAUACAUACACACCUGCAAAGAUCCUCCCAACACCCCCGGCUACCUUAAAGAGUACUAAAGCAAGCAGCAAACCAGUUCCCAGUGGACCUUCUGAUACACCUGUUGCUAAUACCUCAUCUCGGAAAAAGAGUGGAAAUAGCAAAACAGAUGUGCAUGAACAGAAAAAAAACACUGGGAAAAAGAAAUGAAAUCUUGGCAGAAACUGGAACUUCUUAUACUUAGAAAAAUCACUUGUGUAGAAAAAGAAAUGUAAUAAACCUUGACUGAAAACUAUCAAAGCAAGUAAUUUAUGUUUUUUCUUAAACAUCUUUGUAUUUGUUUAAAAAUGUUUCCAAUCUAGAGUUCUUUGUUUAUAUUUAGGUAAGGAAUUUUUGUUGUGAUCUGGAAAGGUUUAAAAUAAUGUUUAUUAGCAUUUUGUGAGUUGCAAAAUUGUCAUAAAUGUCUGUUAUUAAUUUGAUGUUUACCAUGUGCCUGUGGUAAAGAAAAAGAACAAAAGCUCAGCUGGCCUGUACCAAAGUAGAGUCUGAUGAGUGGCCUCUGUGCAUACUUGUGUUCUCAUUGAAUUAUAUGUUAGCUAUAAAAAUAACUUUAAUGUGGGUUGAAAUUUGACAGGCAAGAUUAUAUAUUGGGAACUUUUGAAGAGUAUAUUUCCAAAGAGAUCUCAUUGACCAUUUACAUAUUACAUCUCUUAAUAUGCUAUAAUAUUUAAUGACUGGAGUAUUAACACAUGGUUAUUUUUUCAAGCUGUGCUUUGAAUUUUUUAUUGUGUGUUAUUUAAAAUGUUGCAUAUACAAUUGGGAGAAUUUCAUCUUUAUGCACAUAAGUUUUUAUAUUAAUUCAUAGAAACUAUUUUCUUUAUAUAUGUUCUUAUCAUAAAAGAUGCUUAGUUCAUCAAGAAAACUUUUGUUUUAUAUAUUGGCAGGAAAGGCACCUUUAAAUUUUCUUUUUAAGAUCUAUAGCUAAGAAAUUUAUAAGUAUGAUACUUAUUUUGAGAUUAUUUUUAGAUUUAAAGAACUCAGCUCAAAAAUGGAAAUUGUUAAUGUUAAACUGAAUUGUAUUGUUAGUAGGUAUCGUGUAUAGCUGUUUUUACCAUUUCCAUUCUUAUGUAGAUUGUACCAGUGGAUGUCACUGAGAAAGUUUAAAGAUUGUACAUUUGAAAUAAAUGAUCUUUUCAAAUGGUUAAAGUUUAAAGGGAAAUUGAGAUCAUUAUGCUGUGAUUUUAUCUAGGAAAAAAAAUUAUUUUCCUUGGUGCUUUUUCCCCUGCUGCACAAAUAAUUGUGAACCAUUUUAAGUGACUUAAACUCUAAACCAAACAGUACAACCUAC